CCAGAAAGUGACAUUUAGAAUGUUUAAGAAUUUUUGGACCUUUCUGGUUCUUAUACUUCUUUUGUCUUUUAUCAUAGGAUGGCAGGUUACCCGGUAACAAGUGCUCAGUUAUGGUAUAUCUCCACCAUAAAUAUAAAAAACGGGCAAUUGCAGUAUUAUUUCUUAUUUUGGAGGCAAUAUCAUGUCUGUUGGAUUUCACUGGGAAAGGCAAGCUUGGUUUCAUUGUGGCUGCAUUAGUCUUGGCGCUAUUGGUUUUUUUUUCCCAACGUUAUGGGUGUAUUUUAAGGAAAGAUCCACCAGAUUACCAGAUGAGAGACCAAUUGCGAACGUGGAGCUUUUAUUUUCUGGGAUCCAAUUACUUACAACACUCCUUCACCUUACUUUCGAACUGAAGGGUGUGUAUGAUAAGUAUAAUCUAUCAUUUUUGCCGCUAGCUUUUGCUUUUUAUCGUGUUUUCUCUGCCGUCUCUGCCUUCAGAAUGGAACAUGAAAAUGGUAUUCAUAAUGCGGCUGAUCCACCAGCUGAAAAUCAAGUCAACCAGCAUGAUGGAUCACGAAAUAUUAUGGUACAUAUGACAGUGACAGGAAAGCCUUUGAACAUGGUGAUUGAUUUGACAAUGGUUACCUGCUAUGAACAACUUUUUAGGAAACUGAGGGAUGAAAUGUCUCUAGCUGAGAAAGUGCUGUGGGGAGACAGACCCAGAUGGGAUGUACUCUACCUUGACAUUUCCAAUGCAGCACAUUACUUGCGCGAAGAUGAAAUUUCUUGGGGUGAAUUCUGCAUGGCUGCCAGGAAAAUAUUCAUCUCCCGAAAAGAAGUCCGUAAAGAGCUUGAUUUACAUUGGAGCUGUUAAACGUACGUGUCUCUCAAGAUGCUGCGGAGGUGCUGCUGACUUGGAAGUGCUGAAUAGAUUGAUGAGGUGGCAGCUGGAAAAAGGUAUUUCAGUUACUGGUGGAAUGAGUCAAGUUUCUGAAGUUGGAAAUUAGAAAUUAAGAUUAUUAACUGCAAUUAGUGUAAUCAUGCUUGUUAACUGCUGUUCUUAUUUUCCUGCAGCACUUUUUUAGUAUAUUGUUUGUUGAAUUUACUUGUAUAAAUUGCACUUUCAUUCUAACAAGCGCUUUAGAGCGCCUGCUUUGCGUCGGAAUAUAUUUCAAUUCUUCUUUUGGAGACUGCGUUGUGGUAUUGUCUGGCCAAGCAGAUAUGAGAUAGUUAUGUUGUGAUUUGAUUUACGUCUAGUAUGUUGUCCUUCCGACGCCAUGUUUUGGUUUCGCGACGAUGGGAUAGUGCA